GAAUCUACUAAAUAUUUAUUAUUUCAAUGCAAUCGAAUAACUUGCAAGUUGUGUAGUGAAUUCUUGUAAUUAACUUGUAAUUUCUGAAUGUCCGCACUUGACUUUAUAUUCAGCUUUUUUUUGGUCUGCAAUGGCCGACUUGUCUGCCAAGUCUUUUGCUGUCAUGUCUGCAAACCCUCAAACAGACCCAUUUUUACAACAGUUUGAAGAUAUCAUUCAGACUAUUCAGCGAGAUAUCAAUGUGCUGGGUGAACCAACUUCAGACAGAUCUGCUAAACGCAGAGCACUCGAACAUAUUCAGUCCGAAACUCUGUUGAAAAAACCAGCUUUAAAUCCUCAAGUUCUUUUCAAAGUAUUCUCAUCCAUUACACGGUCUACUCUUCGUGCAGUCUCCGAUCCUGUUGAAAAAUGUCGUGAACUGAGCAUUACAAUUAUAUCCGGAUUUGUAAAGAACGUAGAUGAUGUGAUACCAUUCCUACCGUAUAUUAUUCCUACCUUUACUAGCAGAUUGGCUCAACCUGAAAUCGUAGAGCCUGCAGAAGAACUUCGUCUGUUGAUGACUCAGGCAUUGCUUGAUAUUGUCAAAAAAUCCAGACAUGGCUUUGCUCCCUUUGUUGAAGAUACAAUCAAAAUAUUGGCUCGGACGCUCAUGGAUACUUACCCAGAGGUCAAAAAGGAAUCGUGCAGGUUGGUUAUCGAGUUGUGCAAGUUUAAUGUUAAACCCGUUGCAUUUCAUGGAGAUGCACUAGCCAAGGCAGUAUUGCCUGUGCUUCAUCACCGUCACUCAAGCGUUCGGAUUAUUGCUAUUGAAGCAAUUGGUGCAGCAAUUCUAGUUGAUGCAAAAGGACUGGACGACUGCCUCGAUACGUUGCGCUCAAUGAGUAUGGACAAGGCACCACUUGUACGAGAAACCCUCUACACUAUAGCUCAUAAAUGGAUGCUGGAGUUGAUUGACCGCUACACCUAUGGGUACAAGAUUCUCCCCUUGUUGCUUUGUGGAAUGACGGAUGACAUGCCAAAACUACGUGCCAUGUCUGUCAAGUUUAUGGAUGAAAUUGGCGCAUUAUAUGAAACGGAAUGGGAGUCGCGUAUCAAAGAUGAAAUGGACUACACUGAUGGGUGGAGUCAUCUUCCUAUUCAUUGGUUGACGCUUGCAUUUCAAUUUCCAGAUCGCCCACGUGUUGGAUCUCGACACCUUGCUCGAGACAACAUGCAGAAAGUUGUAGCCAAAAUUGUUGAGGGUAUGGGCAACUGGACUGUCGAGGUUCGUAUAAAAUCAGCUCAGAUGCUUGGGGCAUAUCUAACCCUGACUGAAGAUCAGAUCACUGGAUAUGUUGGUGUCAUAUUGCCAAUACUAUACAAAAUUCUUUCUGGAGAUGAUCCAUUAGUUAUGGAAGAGGCGGCUCGUGUUGCAAGUAUCCUUGGCAAUUAUGUCAAUGCUGAUGCAACGCUCUCACUUUUGUUGCCACAACUUGCCAUGGGAGGAGGUAGUACCACGAGUUUUCGACUCGGGUGUUCCCGCACUCUGCAUGGCCUUAUUCAUGGGGCUUCGACUACUAUUUCAGCCCAUGCUUCUCGCAUUGUAGAUGCUUUGGCAGACAAAGAUCUUGUUUUAAACGAAAAUAUGCUGAUCCUUUACGAGAUCAGUCGGUGUGUGUGCGAGCUGCUUUUAAAGGUUACUACCAUAGAUCAAGACGUGUCAUUUAAAGUUUUGAUGAUUUUGGCUCAAUUGGAAAGUGUUGUUGGGGAUGAAAAUAUGCCUGGGUAUACCAAUAUGCAAAAAAAGAGCUAUUUCAAGCAGUGUUUGACCCAUUACUCCCUUUUAUCUACUGCAAACCAGACAAACGAAUCUCUUGUUAGACUUUCUAGCCUAUGCCAAGUCAGCAACGUGGAGAGUUUGUAUGGACUCUUUUUUGAAAAUGCAAUUGAUACGCUUACAGCAACGCAUACUUCUUGGACAAAGCACUCGGCCGAGCUUCGAGUCUUGGAGACUGUUGUUUUACGUGUUGGAGUGGCCAUUGAACCGCAUCUAAGCAAAAUUCUUCCACUUGUCUGCUACUGCGCUUCAAAAGAAAGGGAUUAUGAAGUUCGUAAAAGCGUGCUGCUACUCAUGAUCAAGCUUGUUCAAGUUUUGAAAGCAUCACCUAGUUCGGGUCGAGCACUAUCUAAUGACUCGGAGACCUUGCUUAGAGGUAUUAUUAUUCCUAAUAGUAUCUGGCAUACCGGCCGAAAUAGUGCACUAUUGCGGAUGCAUGCCAUGAGUCUUUUACUUAUCAUAUUAGAACCUAGGCUGAAUUCUGUUCAAGCCGAUGAGCAAGAAUGUGUUGGGUUUUUAAACGUAUCUUUGUUAAAUACAACAUUGGAGCGUGACUUGCUGCCCAUCUUGAUCAGCAAUAUUGAGGACGAUGAAAUCGCAACACGUAUAACUAGUUUAAAAGUAUUAUCAACUCUCCUUGACUCGGAUAUUGACUGGAAUGGCUCUACACUUAAAAAGCUUUAUCUUGAACUUCUCAAGCGUCUUGACGAUGCCCAAGAUAAAAUUCGUGUUCAAUGUGCCAACAUAUGGCCAGUAUACUUUAAUUCUGUUUGUCGAUGGCUAGCUAAGAUGGCAUCCUCCUAUCCGAUCGACACUACAAACAAACUGACUUCUAUUCCCGGUGCUGACGGUGGUGUUGUUGAAAUCGCAUUGGAUACCGUUCACUGGCAGACAAUGAUCAAAGGUCUUACUAUUCAUCUUGAUGACACCAACCCAGAUAUUCAGGAUGCUAUCUUGAAUGCGCUAAAAGCUGGUGCUCAAAAAUGCAUUCCUAAAGAAAUGCUUUCUGAACAUCUUCAUUCCGUGCGUGCCAAACAUCGAACCACUAGAUAUAUUGAUGACAUUCUUUUGUUGGCUGAAACGACCCAUAUAGAAAUGGGGUUGGCUGGUUAUUGUUUACAAUCAUAUUCAUCUAUAUGCAACAUUUUAUACAUUUACCUUGCAGUCAUUGCUCGGGAGAGUUCAAGCAUCAACACUAUGGAGCAGCGCAAUCCCAAUCCACGCGACAUGUGUUAA